AUGUCAGAAGGCAAAGACCACCCCCAGCAGGGGAUUGAGACAGCCCCUGUCGAGGGAAACGAGGUGGUGCAUAAAAGGCACCCGAAAAUUGAUAUGGGAGAGUACGAGAGCAAGCAAGACAUCUCGCAUGUCGAACAGGUUCUCUCGGCAUCCGAUGAUUUCGUGAAGGAUAAUAUGGACAUCACCCGCGUGGACAAAGAAAUCCAAGCAUAUGCUGCCCACAGCCAGGUGGAAAUUGACGAUGCGACUAAUAGGCGCCUCAAACGCCUAAUUGAUCGACGCGUCCUCGUUGUAAUGAUUUUCACAUAUUUCCUACAGGCCUUGGACAAGGGAACUAUGUCGUUCUCGGCGAUUAUGGGGAUUAAGGACGAUGCGAAUCUGAAUGAUGGGCAGAAGUACUCCUGGUUGACUACGUGUAUUUACAUCGCUGUUCUGGUCGUCGAAUAUCCUACCAACUGGAUCAUCCAAAGAGUCCCACUCGGCAAGUACUUGGGCAUUAACAUCUGCCUAUGGGGUAUGAUUCUGGCACUUCAUGCAGCCUGCAAGAACUUCACUGGGUUGGUGGUUGUUCGUACCCUCCUGGGUAUCUUUGAGGCUUGCUGUCAGCCCAUUUUUGUGACUCUUUCCUCGAUGUGGUACAAACGAGAGGAACAAGCGGCCACGGUAACAUACUGGUACAUGAUGAACGGUGCACAACAGAUUGUCGGUGGCCUACUGGCAUACUGUUUUACACUAAUUGGAUCAGACAAGGUGCUCAAGUCGUGGCAAGCACUCUUCCUGACUUAUGGGUGUAUCUCCGUUCUUUGGGGAGCCUUCGUCGUUUGGUAUAUGCCUGACUCGCCUAUGCGCGCAAAGUGCUUUAGCGAGGAAGACAAGCGUCUUAUGGUAGAACGUCUGCGUUCCAAUCAGACAGGUAUUCAGAACAGAACAUUCCAUGCAUACCAGAUGUGGGAGGCUUUCCGUGAUCCCCAGAUGUGGUGCUAUUGUGCUGUUCAGAUAUUCACCACUCUCCCAACCAGCGGCCUAGGCGCAUUCUUCGGUAUCAUAGUGUCGAGCUUUGACUUUACUGUAUUGCAAACCCAGCUGCUUGCUAUGGUUCUGGGUUUUUACAUUAUCGUUGUGCUACUGUCUUCUGCAUGGCUGGUGAACAAGUUCAAGCAGAACACGAUCGUGAUGUUUUGCUUCAUCAUUCCGUCGUUCGUUGGAACUAUUGUCCUUAUAACGGUCGAAAACACUACCUUGCCCACCAAGGUUGGCCUUCUCAUCAGUUACUACAUCACUCUGUCAUUUUGGUCGGCCCAAACUCUCACGUUGUCGAUGGUGUCACGAAAUAUCGCCGGUCAAACCAAGAAGUCCACAGUGGUCGCUGCAACAUUCGUUUCAUGGGCUGCUGGUAACGCAAUUGGUCCUCAAGUGUUCCUUGACAGGGAUUCACCACGGUAUCACAUUGCCUGGAGUGUUCACCUCGCAUGCUAUGCCUGUAUGGCUUUCGCCGUUAUCUACCUCCGCUUCCAUCUCAAGCGCGAGAACGCCAGAAAGGAUAAGCUGCUGGCAGAGGAAGGUCUUAGUACCGCAGAUCCAACCCUCAUUCAUGCAUUCGAGGAUAAGACGGACCGGGAGAACUUGAACUUCCGCUACGUUUACUAG